AUGUCCGACCAAGACAAUACUCAGGCUUCCCCAAGUAAGUUGGCACCUCACCAUAAUAUUUUCAUGGCGAACUUGGAAAGUUCCCCCACAAAAGAUAGAAAUACUACUAGCCAAAAUGCUUCAUCCUCCAGAGUCAUUGAAUCACUUCACGACCAGAUUGAUAUGUUGACAAAAACAAAUUUACAAUUGACUACGCAAUCUCAAAAUUUAUUGAGCAAGUUGGAAUUAGCACAAUCCAAAGAAUCAAAACUAUUAGAGAAUUUAAAUCUUCUGAAGAACGAAAACGAAAAUCUCAACUCGAUAUUCGAAAGAAAGAACAAGAAGCUAAAGGAACUAGAGAAAGAUUAUAGCGAAUUGAGUAACCGUUACAAUGAACAAAAGGAGAACAUGGAUGAAUUGGGUAAAUUGGCGAAAAAUUCUAGUGCCGUCGAAAAAUCAUGUUCUGAAAAAUUACAAAAUAUGGAAAUCAACUACAAUUCACUACUGGAAUCACAAAAUCUCUACAGAGAUCACUAUUCUGAUGAAAUUUCCAAAUUAAAUGAAAAAAUCAGUUUGUUAGAGUUAGAAUUAAGUAAUCAAAAUUUAAACUAUGGCUCAGACACCAGUUCAAAUUCAGAUAUAGAAUUGAAUUUAAAUAAAUUCAAUGACUCUGUUAAAGAUUUGAAAUUUCUGGAAACAGAAAAGGAUUCAAAAUUAAGCAAGAUAAUCUCUCACUCUUUGGAUGAGUUAAACCUACAAAGUUGGCUAAAUCUCUACCAGACAAACGAAAAUCUGAUAUCAACUUUUGCCGAAAAGAUGGAUUUGAAUGACGUUUUGAAAAAAAAUGAUGAGAGGAUGAGUAAUAAAGGUGCGGUAGUUCAAAACCUGAAGAAGAAUGUGCAAGCUCAGCUCGAAAGUAACAACGCUGACACUUCGAAUAAUAGCAACGCAGUGGACAUGCUUCCUAUUAAGAUGGUCAAAUUAAGAAAGACACCGAACCCAAACGAUUCAUCCUCCAAUGGUAAUAGCAGUAACAAUAAAAGAAGAAGUUUCUAUACUGCGUCACCUUUGCUGUCAUCGGGCUCUAUUCCCAAAUCUGCAUCCCCGGUUCUACCUGGUGUCAAAAGGACAGCCUCCAUCAGAAAACCGAGCUCAAGCAGUGGUAAAACAAACGUAACGCAUAAUAACGAUCCUAGUACAUCUCCCACAAUCUCAGUGCCUUCCGGUGUUACAAGAACUGUUUCCUCCACCCAUAAGAAAAAGAGAAAUAGUAUGGUUGUCCACGGGAAUCAAACAUAA